AUGGAUAAUCCUACUCGAGAGGAAGAGUCAGGUCUCUUCGGGAGAACCCCUCAACAACGAGGACCUUUACCGUCAAUCCUCUUCGUCAUGUUAAUGUUGCUAUUGUUCACCAGUCAUAAUGGCGAAGAGUUUCUUGCAAGGCACCAAUAUCAAGAGGCUCUCCGGAAAUUGACCUACCAGAAGUCGAAUUUCACAGCGUGGAUGGAUGGUGAUACAGCGAACUUCAGUCUUCCAGAGCAGAAUGUUUCCGUCCUACCGUUGCUUGAAACUUUCCUUCCUUCUAAUGGUUCUAUGGACCCUAUAUAUUCAUCCUAUUACCAGAAUAUCACUGGUUUCAUCCAUGGUGACCUUCAUCUCUACAACAUAACACCACCUUACCUAGCGAAUUCUACCGAAUCAUAUCCUUCAAAGCAUAUAAUCCAGGACUACAUGAAAGAUGGCAAUGAGAACAUGACUGAAAUCCUGGAAAAGCUGGGGGUGUGGAAUUGGUCGGCACCGCAGAAAGUGGCCUUUAGUGUCGUUGAAAAGAUACCUCUGCUGUCUGCUAACUCGAGCGCCAAUGUGACUGAAAAUAUUGCCCUGAUACAUGGAAGAAUUGAGUUCUCAGAUGCAAGUAUAGGGGAAGAUUUACGACUGGAAUUUGAGGGUGUUCAUUUUUUGAAGAAUGGGACAAUCUAUGGUUUGGCAGAACCUCCCAACCGGGCUGUCGAUAUCCGUCUUCUUCCAUCAAUUGUACCCGAAGACACGAAGAGUGAGAUUGCUCUAUUGAUUGAACCGGAACUUUCUUCUCGAAUUGAUAAACUCAAGAAUUUGAUCGAUGCGGGUAUUAUCGAGGAUUCCUUAGAAGAUUUACCUCCGAAGACAGCCUGUCCGUUCAAUCUAUAUGCUCAGAUCGAUUCUGUGGAUGUGCCGGCGUAUUUGAUAGAAGCACACGAAGAAGAAAUACAGCGACCAACUGGUAUCCGCACCAAUUUGCCUACGAGACUUACCAUGAAAUCUAUCCUCAUCAGCAAGGAAUGCGGGGUGUUGUAUGAAAUCUCGAACAUGGAAGGGCUACGCUCCAGGACCUUCUUUCGCAAGGUCACAACUUACGCCGGAACCGCAGCGGUAACUUAUCUUACAAUCCUGAUACUCUUAUCCCGCCAGAUGGCACGGAGUUCCACGCCCUCCGGGAUUUCUCGAGUAUCUCGAUAUACAUUUCUUGUACAAUCAACCAUUGAUUCGGUUUCCUUCGCUGGACAUGUAACUUUUGCAGUCCUUGCUGAAGGUCGGCCCUCGCUUUCUCUUAUCGCCCCAUCUUUCCUAGCAUGUGUUAUCUUUCUCUACGAGGCUCAAUUUUCGAUGAACAUACACCAGAUACAAUUACCCGAAGACGCACCACCUCCGCGGCCUCCCGUUCCUGUACCUGCAGUUCCCGUCACGGCGCCUUCUUCUGUGCCUGGAACUGCACCUCAAGUCGUUCCUACUCCAUCUUUGCUCAAUACAGAUCUCCCUACCGACCCUCCAAAUGCACCACCAGCGCCAAUUGAUAAUGCUCCCGCACCUACCGCUGCUACUCAACCUGCGACACUUACGCCGGCCCCUCCUCAGAAUGUCACUUUUUGGACUUUCUUUUGGCAACAGGUCCGUACCGAUCCUCAAGCAAGACUAUAUGUCAUACUCUUCGUCUUCCUCUCGACCAUUGUUCGUAUAAUCCUAUCGCCAACACUCACUCUCCUUUUUGUGGCGAUCACCUAUUCGUGCAUCUGGUUGCCUCAAAUUUGGAGAUCGAUGAGACGAGGAAGAAGCAGUGGAUUGUCAAUGGAAUAUCUUGUCGGCAUCACAAUCUGUCGGCUAUAUUUAAUGUUAUAUUUCUUGGCCUGUCCAAGAAAUGUGCUGGACGUUGAACCCCGAUACUGGUCUUAUAACCUUGCCGCAUUUGUUUGCUUACAAGCUAUGGUACUGAUGCUUCAAGAAUAUUUUGGACCUACGUUUUUAUUACCAAAAAGGUUCUCGACAAUCAACACUUACAACUACCAUCCUCCCCUACCUCUACCCGAUGAGGAGUCACCGGAGAAAAGUCUCGGAGACUGUGCAAUUUGUAUGGAUGCGAUCAUUGUCGAUCCCUCACUUCGCCAAACCCAUGAUACUUCUGCGUCCUCGGGCAACUGGGAUGCCAAGGCCUCCGGGGCGGAUGGAAGGAGAAUAACCUCCAAUAUUCGCGCGGGCGGAGGAGCCAUUGACCCUACUGGGCUUCUAGAUGCGUUUCAGAGAGGCGUCGGAAGCGCUGUUACCAGAAAGAGUUACAGUUUGGCUCCGUGUCACCACCUAUUCCAUACUGAAUGUCUUGAACGCUGGCUAGCUAUUAAGAAUAUCUGUCCUCAAUGUCGACGACCUCUCCCACCACUGUGA